GCCAACGUCACACCCCGGUUCUGUCCUGUGCCACAGCCCCGCAGAGCGGCUCCGGAGCUGGGGCAGCCGCCAGCAUCGGUGCAGUGAGGAUGGGAGACCCCUUUGCCUACUGGAGCGGACCCUCAUCCCGCAGUGAAUAUGAAGACAGCCCCCACGGCCCCACCAGCUUCGCCCGUCCCAGCGCCAAAAGCAUCUACAAUCAGCGCAAGGAUUACGGGCAGACGCUGCUCAAACCCCAAAGCGACUUCCAGCACCCCGUGGAGCACCUGGUGACCCUACGCCUGGAGCGGGAGCUGCGCAGCGUGGAGGAUUGCGUGGGGCGGCUGCGGGAUUUGGAGGCGCAGGGGAAGAUUUGGAGUCAGGAUCUCCUCCUGGGGGUCCGGGAUCAGGACCUGCUGCUGAGCGACGUGGAGAGCAGGGAGGACCUGGACUCGUUCCCACUGAGCAGCAUCCAGGACUGUUUGGUCGCUCCAGAUGUGGGCAGCUACGAUUCGGUUCUGGCCAUCAGCGUGCAGGAAAGGGGCCGGGGGGGGACCAGCGUGCUGCUCUUCCAAUGCCACCACAUUGGGGCCGGGAUGCUGAAGAGCAGCCUGGAGAAGUUGGUGCGGCAGUGCAAGGAGGAGCAGCGGCAGUACGGGAGUAUCCCAGAGAUGCCCCCCGAUCCCCCAUACGUCCCAGCAUCCUACAGAGCUCCGGAGCCUUGGGCAGAGCACAGCAGGCCCCCAUCGCUGCCCCCCGUCCAACACAAACCCCUUUCAGCCUAUGGAGCGGAGCAGAACAAGUGGAUGGGCCCCAAUGGAGAGACCAUGUCAGACCCCGAACGUGACGUGUUGGUCCUCAAUCACGUGCUGGGAGAUAUGGACCUUUUUGUGGGGCUGCUGCGGGGCGACGCUGGGAGCACCAAGACCCCAAAGAAGAAGAAGAAGAAGAAGAAGAAGAAAGAUCUCCCCUCCAAGGCAGAGUUUGUGGACUUCUUCCAGAAGGUGAAAUACGCCUUCAACCUCCUGGCGUACAACUGGCAGCACAUCCAGAGCCCCUCCGGACCCGAACUGCUGGAUCUCAUCUUCCAGACCCUGACCUUCGUCCUGGAGGAGUGCCCCCAUCCCCACCUGGCUGAGGAGGUGGAGACCCCCCUGCUGCUCCCCAAGGCGCUGCAGCUGCUGGAUGGGAUCCUCCUGCCUGACCAGCACCGCACCUGGAAGAGUUUGGGCCCGGCCUGGAACAGGAGCCGGGCGCAGUACCCCAAUGGUGAGGAGGUGCCCCCCUACAUCCCCAAGUUCUCUGAUGGCUGGCUGCCCCCCCCCAUGCUGACUGCAGAUAACCAGCCGAUCCUGGGCGGCAGCAAACCCACUCACCGCUGCCCCCCCCAACUCCCCCCCCCCCACAGACCCCCCCUCCAACCCCCCACGGUGGUGCGGGCGCUGUAUGAAUUCCAGAGCAGGAACCCACAGGAGCUGAGCGUCAGGAUGGGGGACACCCUGCAGGUGCUGGACCAGCAGAAGAAGUGGUGGUUGGUGCGGAGCCGGAGGGGGGAGGAGGGCUACGUCCCCAGCAACAUCCUGGAGCCCGUGGGGCACGAGGACGACAGCCAGGGCAGCCCCCCCUCGCUGCACAUGGGAUCCUCGCCAGCGGAGGUGACGGCGUGGCUGAAGGACAAAGGCUUCGCUCCGCUCACCGUGCGCUGCCUGGGGGUGCUGAGGGGGCAGCAGCUGCUGCAGAUGACGGCGGCGGAGCUGCGCGCCGUUUGUCCCGAGGAGUGGAGGAGGGUCCUCUUCAAACUGUCCCCCAUCCGCUCCUCGCUGGGGAUGGACCCCAGGGACUGACAGCGCCGAUGCAGCGUAAUGCAACCCCCCCCUCACCCUCCCCCCUUCUCUGUGGGGGGGGCAGCCCUGCAGGACAGGGAGGGGGGAGGCAGAAAGGAAGACCCCCCCCCCCACUGCCCCCUUCCUUGCAGCGCCUGUCCCACCCACAGCCACUGGUGGAGC